GCCCGGUGGACUUGUCCGUGGCUUUGCCGUAGGCAGCUCGCUCCAGGUAGCCAUUCUCCGCUCUUCCGAAUAAACGGACUGUCGCUGUAUUUCCUGGGACCAGCCUGGCCACACUGCACGCUGGGUUUCUGGGUGGACGAGGGGUCCUGCAGCAGGUAGGCGAGAGGAUCCAGGACAGCCAUCAGGAGUUGCCUCAGGACGAGGGCCUCCCAAGCGAGCCAUGGCCCUCCCGUGGCUCCUCUGGACGUGGCUGCUGGUUGCCGGGACCCAAGCAGGUGUGCAGGACGGGGACAUGCGGCUGGCCGACGGGGAGGCUGCCAACGAGGGCCGCGUGGAGAUCUUCUACCAGGGCCAGUGGGGGACGGUGUGUGACAACCUGUGGGACCUCACGGACGCCAGCGUUGUCUGCCGGGCCCUGGGCUUUGAGAACGCCACCGAGGCACUGGGCAGAGCCGCCUUCGGGCCAGGCAGGGGCCCCGUCAUGCUGGACGAGGUGGAGUGCACGGGGACAGAGUCGUCGCUGGCCGAGUGCAGGUCCCUGGGCUGGCUCAAGAGCAACUGCAGGCACAACCAGGACGCCGGCGUGAUCUGCACCAACAAAACAAGUGGUGUCCACACCCUUGACCUGUCGGAUGAGCUCCCUGCCGCCCUCGAGCAGAUCUUUGACAGCCAGAAGGGCUGUGACCUGUCCAUCAGGGUGCAGCCGAAGGGCGGGGAGGAGGGCCUGGACAUGUGCGGCCACCGGCUGAUCCUGGCGACCAACCCCGAGGCCGAGGCCCUGUGGAAGGAGCCGGGCUCCACCGUCACCUUGGAGGUGGACGCAGAGUGCCUGCCUGUCGCCAGAGACUUUGUCAGGUAUUUCUACUCGCGGAGGCUGGAUGUCUCCCUGACAUCAGUGAAGUGCUUCCACCAGCUUGCCUCCACCUACGGGGCCUGGCGGCUGCGGAGCUUCUGCUCCAGCCUCUUUGCCGUCCUCCUGCCGCAGGACCCCUCCUUCCAGACGCCCCUGCACCUCUAUGCCUACGCGUUGGCCACUGGGGACCCUGUGCUGGAGGAGCUGUGCGUGCAGUUCCUGGCCUGGAACUUCGAGGCCCUGACGCAGGCCGAGGCCUGGCCGGGCGUCCCCCCGGCCCUGCUGCAGGCCCUGCUCUCCCGGAGCGACCUGGCCGUGCCCAGCGAGCUGACGCUGCUGGCGGCCGUGGACGCGUGGAGCCUCGAGGCGCAGCCCCCCCGCGGGGAGGUGGAGGGCCUGCUGCACGAGGUCCGCUUCCCCAUGAUGCUGCCCGAGACCCUCUUCCAGCUGCAGUUCAACCUGUCCCUGUACGGGGCCCACGAGGCGCUCUUCCAGAAGAAGAUCCUGCAGGCCCUGGAGUUCCACACGGUGCCGCUCGGGCUGCUGGCCCGGUACCGAGGCCUGAACCUCAGUGACGCCGCCUACCAGCCCCGCCUGUACACCUCGCCCACCUGGAGCGCCAACGUCUCGGGCGGCUCCCGGGCCGCGGCCCGCUACCCGUACAAUGCCUACCGGGCCACGUCUGGCUAUUGGUACAACCCGAGCUGGUCCUUCCAGACCCCGCAGCACCCCAGCUUCCUGUUCCGGAACAGCCUGGUCUCCUGGUCCGUCCUGUACCUCCCCACCGUGCAGAGCUGCUGGAACUACGGGUUCUCCUGCACCCCGGACGAGGUGCCCCUCCUGGGCCUCUCCAAGUCUGGCUACUCGGACCCCACCAUCGGCUACCAGAACAGAGCCCUGAUGGUCUGCCAGGGGCGCUUCGUGGCCGACGUCACCGAUUUCCUGGGGCAGAAGGCCCCGAUCCCGGGCGCCCUGGGCACCAACAGCUCCAGGAGCGCGUCUCUCUUCCCCUGCCCGGCAGGGACCUUCAGCACCUUCCAGGUGGUCAUCCGCCCCUUCUACCUGACCAACUCCUCGGACGUGAACUAGGCCGCGAGCGAGAGGGAGCGCGGGGAAGCCAGGCGCCGCCACCACACCGGCCACCAGAGGGCCCUCCCGCUUUCACGAUGCCUCUGAGCUCAGAGAAAGUACUGGAAGGUUUCAACUAAUGCUCACCAGCCAGCACAGAAGUCCUAGCUUCCCCGCUCCCCUUCACCCUCCACCCCCCACCCCUGGCUGGUUUCCAGGUCGAGACGCAGCAGAACGUGGGCGGGGCAGCUGCUGGGCUGUCCACGGGCCUCUCCCCACCCGGCCCUGCGCUGCCCCUCGUCCGAGGUCACUAAAAUCGCACUGUUGCUCA